AUGAUCUCAAACUGCAUGUUUUUCCGUUCUGACGAUGAGAAGGUUCAGACAACUGACAAGUUGUUCACAUUAGGUCCACUACAAUUUUCACUGAAAGAGCUCUACGUAUCUGUUGUCAGCAGCCUGAUAGUAUUACCACCAAGUAUCUUGCUGGUACAACUGUUCCGAAAGAGCCGGGCCAAGCACAGCUUGGAAAUUUCGCCACAAUCACAAACCAUCAAGAAAACGAGUCCUCCAAAGGAAGCGAACCUGAAGGAAGAGGAAUUGGCAGCCAAGAAAUAUAUUAAAAGUAGUGCGAGCACCGAUAAUCUCGUCGAGAAAGAAAAGUGGGGACUGUUCAAAGCAACCAAAGAUAAAAAGAGACCCCUGUCUGCUUUCCACAUUGUAAUAGAUGACGAGUCUGGCAAUAAACGUGGUGCAUGUGAGGAUUGGGAUAGUGACUACGGAUCAACUGCAGACUUCGAAUUCGAUAGGGGCACAUCAAGCCCUCGCCGCCCAGCUUCUCCUUUAGAUAGCAGCUGGAACUGGUCAUCGUCAAAACGCAUGAAUGAUCCUUUGAUGCCGAGAUCACGACCGUCCAGCGCUGAUAGCGAAGCGAAGAAACCAGAUACAAAGAAAAAGGAUGGGAAAGACGCGAAGAAGCCGUUCAUGUUGCCCCAUUGGUGUGUUUAUUUUGCCUGGCUUCUGAUGUUUCUCUCCAGUGCUGGCUCAGCUUUUUUCACCGUCUUGUAUAGCAUGGAAUGGGGAAACGAGAAGUCUAUUCAAUGGCUCAUCACGUUCUUUCUUUCAUUCUUCGAAUCGCUCAUCCUUGUGCAGCCAAUCAAGGUAAUUUUCUUAGCAUUGUUUGUUGCCCUUAUAUGGAAGAAACCGGAAGAGCUCGAAGGUGACGUUGAAGAUAACCAGCUGAAACCGGAUGAACAAUGGUUGACAGAUGUAUCUGCAUAUGAAGGAAUCGUUCCUGUCGACGACGGCAUGGAAGAGAUGGAAUCACCCCUAAGCCCAGAGGAAAUGGAAAAAGCACGCCGCAAACGGUUCAAGGAGGUGAAGAUGAAGGGUGUGCUAAAAGAAAUGUUUGUCUAUGGCACGUACAUCAUUAUAUUGUUGUUGAUAGCAUACGGUGCACGUGAUAUGAAAUCAAGAUACGAAUACUUGGAGAUGGAUAAUUUAUUUUUUCAAACGUCGCUGAUGGGAAAGAUUGAUAAUGGAUUCGGCAGUUACCUUGAAUACAUUCGUGGUGCGGUUAUUCCCUCCCUGUAUGCUGACACAACCUACAAUGGAGAUAGAAUUCACUGGAGACAACGGCGUUAUCUUGCUAAUCACAUUACAUAUCGCAUUGGUCCUGCACGAUUGCGUCAAUUAAGAGUCAGGCCAGAACUAUGCGAUGCACCACCAUUGAUGGAUGAAUACGUAAAACAGUGUGAGGUUGACUAUGAUGUCAAGAAAACCGAAGAUCGGGGACUGUAUGGGGCUUCGUGGAGCCCAAUCAAUGAAUCUUUCACCGAACCGGACAACCCUUAUGCUCUUCCAUGGUUGUUUGCAACAGCUGAGGAACUCGAUGGCGUGUCGUUAUAUGGACAGAUCGCAUGGUACAGUGGUGGGGGCUACACAGCAGAGUUAGGAUCUACCAUAGAGAAAGCAUAUAGCAUGGUAGACUACCUGGAAUCCACUCACUGGAUGGAUAUCCGUACCCGAGCGGUGAUUCUUGAAUUGACUGUGUAUAACGCACAGACUGAUCUAUUCAGCAUGGUGACUCUAAUAUCCGAAUUUCCAUCUGUUGGGGGCGGUGUAGCAAUGAAGAAAAUCGAAGUCAUCAGAUUAUAUCCGUAUGGAGGAACAUUCCCCGAAUUUCUUAUGGCGUGUGACGUCAUCUUUAUUUGUUAUAUUAUCUUCUUCAUAGUGGAGGAGGUUCGUCAAAUAAAGAAGGAAAAGAAAAAGUAUUUUAAAGAUUACUGGAACUACCUUGAGAUUACAAUAAUCAUCCUAGCUCUCAUCGGUAUAUCUAUGUUCAUAUACAAAAUACCUACUCGUGAUAUCGCUGUUAACAGUCUUCAUGUUGAGGAAACAGGAGGAAAAAGAGCUUUCCUCAAUCUCCAGUCCACUGCCAUAUAUGAAGAAAUCUACAACUUGGUUCUGGCUAGCCUUGUAUUUUGCUCCAUAUUGAAGUUUAUGAAACUGAUGCGUCUGAACCACCACAUUGCUCUGAUGAUUGGUACUCUGGGCGCAGCUCGCAGAGACCUGGCCAACUUCUGCAUAGUGUUUGGCGUGACAUUCAUAGCAUUCGGACAGUCAGGAUUCCUACUCUUCAGUGGGCUGUUAUUAUCUUACAGCACGUUCAUUUCAACAAUUGAGACCUUACUGUCGACGCUACUCGGUGCAUUUAACUAUUCUGAACUGGUCGCCGCUCAACCGAUACUCGGUCCAAUAUUUUUCUUCACGUUUAUCAUGAUGUCGAUGAUGAUUCUGUUGAAUCUAUUCGUGACUGCCGUUAUGCUGGCAUACUCAGUGGUACAGGCAGAUAAGUCGAAGAUGAGUCAUGAUUAUGAAAUUGUGGAUUUCAUCUGGGACAAUAUCAAAGAGAUUGUUGGCCUUGACAGUUCGGCACAGGAACCUGAAGAAGAACCUCUACCACCAGAUGAAGAUGACGAUGCUGCUGACGAUAAUGAAGAUGAAAGCGAUCUGUCACCGAGAAGUGAGGCUGCCUUAUGCCCAGACAAUACCACUACACCACGAACUAAAAGCAUUGCUUCAUUGCGCCAUAAAUCACCCAAGAAGAAAAAACAAGAACACUCGUCAAAGAGGAAAAGAAGAGGACGACAUGGUCGAAGAUACCAACAGUUGAUUUUCACCACCGAAUUGGACAAAGAAAAAAACAAAGAAAACGACUGUGCUUGGUCUAUGGGAUCGGUUGUAGAAUCACUUGAGAAUCGCGUUGAUAUACUAUCCGACUUUGUAUCUGAUUUUGACUACGACGAUAACAAGAAAGCAAACAGACCAUAUACAGGUGUUAUGAAUAGCUCAUACGACAAAGUCACGCAGAAAAGUCACGUGAUAGAUUCCGGCGGUGGAAUGUUGGUUCAUUUACCACAGUUGAAAGUCAUACCUCAAAUUGUCCACGUGGCAUCAGACAGUAAUGAAAUGUCAGAGGCGCGUGAUGCUGAAGCACAUGGGCAUAGCAAGAAGGAACGUGAACAACACAGACGAGGAACAAAGGUAAAGAGAGCCGGCACUGAAUCGCAUGGAGCGAAACGCCACCAAGGAGGCCAUUUGGGUCCGUGGCAUAUUAGCGGGAAUGAUGUCAACGAUGACCAUGACAGGUUGGCUCCUGAUAUGUGGACGGAUCAUAAACACAUAGACAGCAGGGAUUAUGUUCGACACAAGGAACCCGACACUAGAGCACCCUGUGGAGUGACAGACAGCAACGAACAGUCGAUAUAUGACGCGGGUCAACAAUUACGUAUUCAUCUUCCCCAAACUAGACACUUACCCAGUCGACUGCCGCCACUACCCGGCAGAACAAAACCACACUAA